AUGGGCCCCGCCGCCGCUGCGGCUCCGCCGACCCCCGGCGGCGCGGUCCCCGCGGUCCCGCCUGCCCCCGCCGACACCGUGGUUCCCGGCUCCGCCACCCCACCCACCCUCGGCAUCGCGGUUCCCACAGCUCAGCUCCCCUACACCCCCUCCGUGCCGCCCGCGCCGCCUUGGUGCCCCACAGGCUCCGCUUUCCCGGCGCCCGUGGUGCCGCCGGCCCCGCCGCCGCCGCCAUCCAGCGACACCGAUCUGUGCGGUGCGGCGCGGCCCGAUCCGAAAUGCCCGCUGCCGUACACCACUCCCCCAUGCUGCCCUGCGGCGCUGACGCCAUCCACGAAUGCGCAGUCACAAUUUCUGUCGCCGGCGCUCCUGCCUCUGUCGUCCCCGGGCCCCCCGUGCCACCCCCCCAUGCCAGCCUCUCAAACCGCGGAGGGGGAGAGUAAGGACGGGCACGGGACCCCGGCUCUACAACUGCUGACACCCGCGUCGCCUCUGCCACCGCCCAGCCCAGCCACUGUCCAGUCCCCGCCAUGCGUCUUCACGUCCCCGCGUCCACCACCGAAGCCGCCCGACACCGGCACACGGCCCCCGCCUGUCUCUGCCCCGCUGCUAACACCGGCACAGAUCCCGUCUGUAUCCGCUACGCCAGCAACUCUCCCCGACAACGCGAAACAGCGACAGCCACGGCCCCCGCGCACCGAUUAUUUACCAAAUUCACCAAAACCCCUACUAGGGAGGGACUUAUUGGAGAACUUGGGGGCUGUAUUAAAGUUUAACAAAGAUCAAUUGGAGUUUCAAGUAAAUGAAGAACAACUGAUUACAGCUUUAAGCCUAACGAUCAGUUGUGUAGAGCCUAAACCUGAAAGCCACAAUUUCGAGCAAAUCCUGAGCAAGGCGUACCCAUUGGUGUGGGCUACUGAUAUACCUGGAAAAUCAAAACAAGCAGCACCGAUUGUCGUUGAACUUAAAGCUGGGACAAAACCGGUGAAAAAGAAACAAUACCCUCUGAGGAUAGAAGAUAGGAAAGGGAUUGAGCCCACAAUCAGAAGGUUUAUGGAACUGGGGUUAUUGGUAGAAUGCGAAUCAGAUUUUAAUACACCAAUCCUGCCAGUCAAGAAACCUAAUGGAACCUAUAGGUUAGUCCAGGAUUUGAGAGCAGUAAAUGAAAUAACUAAGGCAUUGCAUCCGGUAGUUGCUAACCCAUACACGCUUUUGACCAGACUGAAGGAGAAUUUGGCCUGGUUCACCGUAUUAGAUUUAAAAGACGCGUUCUUUUGCCUCCCCUUAGCUCUCGAGAGUCAAAGGAUUUUUGCCUUCGAGUGGGAAUCUGUAGAUAGUGGAAGAAAGACCCAACUCACCUGGACAGUGUUGCCCCAAGGGUGGUGCAAUUCCCCUACGGUUUUUGGGAAUCAGUUAGCCAAGGAACUAGAACAGUGGGAAAGGCCGCUGGGAGAUGGCACCCUUCUGCAGUACGUAGACGACCUCCUAAUAGCAACAGCGACAGAGGAAGAAUGCAUUGAAUGGACUAUUUCCUUGCUGAAUUUCCUGGGUUUAAGUGGAUAUAGAGUCUCUCAACAGAAAGCACAGCUGGUACAGAAACAAGUGGUGUACCUGGGAUACGAAGUCUCCAAAGGACAGCGAUCCCUGGGAGCAGCUAGGAAAGAGGCCAUCUGCCAGAUGCCCAAACCAGAGACGGUGAGAGAUCUGCGUGCCUUUUUGGGGAUGACAGGUUGGUGUCGGCUAUGGAUCUACUCGUACGGGAUACUUGCUAAACCACUGUAUGAUUUGUUGAAGGGGACUAAGAACAUCCUAGUUUGGACUCCCGAGGCAGAAGAAGCCUUCAAGAAGCUGAAGAUGGAACUAAUGAGAGCACCAGCCUUAGGUCUCCCAGAUGUAUCAAAACCAUUCUGGCUGUUCUCCCACGAACGACAAGGGAUGGCCUUAGGAGUCCUAGCACAGCAGCUGGGACCACACAAGAGAGCUGUGGCCUACUUCUCUAAGCGAUUGGAUGAAGUAAGUAAAGGAUGGCCAAGCUGUCUGAGGGCAGUGGCCGCAGUGAUAAUUAACAUAGAAGAGGCCAGGAAGCUCACGCUGGGCCAAAAGGUGACUGUACUAGUAUCCCACACCGUGUCGGCUGUGCUGGAACAGAAAGGCAACCAUUGGUUGUCGCCUUCCAGAUUCCUAAAAUACCAGGCCGUUCUGGCUGAAUCAGAUGAUGUAACCAUUCAGGUAACUAACAUUGUGAACCCAGCUUCAUUUCUAGAAGGAAGAGCCCCGGCAGAACCCAUCGAACACAACUGCCUGGAAACAAUUGAAGCUGUCUAUUCCAGUCGCCCGGACCUCAAAGAAGAGCCGUUCGAAGAUGCGGACAACUGGUUCUCGGAUGGCAGCAGCUUCGUGAAGCAAGGAGUAAGAAUGGCUGGUUAUGCAGUCACUACUACAGAAAGGGUAAUUGAGUCGAACCCCUUGCCCACAGGAACUUCAGCCCAGAAGGCAGAACUGAUAGCUCUGACUCGAGCUCUGGAAUUGGCAGAGAACAUGCAAAUCAAUAUAUGGACAGACUCUAAAUAUGCCUUUUCUGUUGUACAUGCUCAUGGGGCCAUCUGGAAAGAAAGAGGACUGUUGACUACACAAGGAAAAACAGUUAAACAUGCAGAGGAGGUUCUGCGAUUGCUAGAGGCGGUCCAACUCCCAGCUCAAGUGGCCAUAAUGCAUUGUAAGGGACAUCUGACAACAAAGCGGUGUAGAGGCACUGGGUUGAGAGAAGAUUUCGCGGCUGUCGCUGGCGUGCCGCGCGGCUGUCCCGCGAAAUGUGGCACGGCCGGCACUGCGCGGGAGCCGCCGCGCGGGGGCGUCUUCCCGCGCCGGGGCCGCCGCCGCCGGUCCCUCGCCGCGCACUCCGCGGCCGCCGCCCGGCCGCGCUUUGCUGUUCCCCGCUGCCUGCGGGGACACGUCCCCGCCGCCGGGUCGGGCGCGCGCUCUGCUGAUUCCCGGUUCGGCUCCCGCCCCGCUUCACCUGCCGGGCCGGCCGGCCUGACUCACCACUCACGUUGCCAAGCAGUAGAAAAGCCUCCGGUGUGA